UUACGGGCUUCCGGCGACAGAAAAUUUUCUUUUUCCGUUACACAAUGGCGGAGUACGAUCUCUCAACUAAGAUCGCCCACUUUUUAGACCGACAUAUGGUUUUCCCACUGCUGGAGUUUGUAUCUGUGAAAGAGAUUUACAAUGAGAAAGAACUUCUGCAAGGAAAACUGGACCUCCUUAGCGACACCAACAUGGUGGACUUCGCUAUGGAUGUGUACAAAAACUUGUACCCAGAUAAGGACAUUCCUCACUCCUUGAGAGAAAAAAGAACUGCAGUUGUUGCCCAGCUGAAACAACUUCAAGCCGAAACAGAACCAAUUGUAAAGAUGUUUGAAGACCCUGAAACAACAAGACAAAUGCAGUCAACUAGGGAUGGACGAAUGCUGUUUGAGUAUUUAGCUGAGAAACAUGGUUUCAGACAGGAAUAUCUGGAUACUUUAUAUAGGUAUGCAAAAUUCCAGUUUGAAUGUGGCAACUACUCUGGAGCUGCAGAGUAUCUCUACUUUUUCCGGGUAUUGGUUCCAUCUGCUGACAGGAACGCUUUGAGCUCUCUCUGGGGAAAAUUGGCAUCAGAAAUCCUAAUGCAGAACUGGGACGCUGCUAUGGAAGACUUGACAAGAUUGAAAGAGACCAUUGAUAACAACUCUGUCAGCUCUCCACUCCAGUCCCUUCAGCAGAGGACAUGGCUCAUUCACUGGUCACUGUUUGUGUUUUUUAACCAUCCGAAGGGCAGAGAUAAUAUCAUUGAACUCUUUCUCUAUCAGCCUGAGUCCUACACUUAUAAAGACCCCAUUACAGAGUUUGUGGAAUGCUUAUAUGUCAAUUUUGACUUUGACGGUGCCCAGAAAAAGCUAAGAGAAUGUGAAUCGGUGCUUAUCAAUGACUUUUUCUUGGUGGCUUGUCUUGAAGACUUCAUUGAAAAUGCUCGUCUUUUUAUUUUUGAAACAUUUUGCCGUAUUCAUCAGUGUAUCAGUAUUAAAAUGCUUGCCGAAAAGUUAAAUAUGACUCCUGAAGAAGCUGAAAAAUGGAUUGUGAACUUAAUUCGUAAUGCAAGACUGGAUGCCAAAAUUGAUUCCAAGCUGGGACAUGUCGUCAUGGGCAACAAUGCUGUUUCUCCAUAUCAACAAGUAAUUGAAAAGACAAAGAAUUUAUCUUUCCGCAGUCAAAUGUUGGCGAUGAAUAUUGAGAAAAAAUUAAGCCAGAACACCAGGACUGAGGCUGCACCUAACUGGGCAGUUCAGGAUACAGGAUUGUAUUGAGCCUUUGCUGGAGAGGACCACACACGUUUUAUGACAGUGAAGCAUUGAACAUAAUACAAAUAUGACUCUUGGUCUUAUUAUUAUGGAUAAUGAGGGAAGUCUUUUCAACAAACAGCUAAAUAAAAUGAAGAUUUUGCUUCUCA